ACUAACCAACCAACCGACCAGCAACUGAACACUCUAUCGUAGAAUCGUGGGGUGGUGGAAUCGAGUCGAAUCGGAUCGGGAAACUAACAAUUGGUGGAUUGUCGUUUUCUAUUCAUCGUCGUAGUCGAGUAGAUACUGAUAGUGUUUAAUAAUUUGAGAAAUUGAAGUGUUUGGUGAAAAUGUAUCACUUAAAGAACCUAGCACGCAAUGCUGCCAUACGCCAAGAGGCCACAAGUUUGGUAAAAGCCUUGCCAACCGCUGCUUUGCAAGCUCGGGGCUAUGCUGAUUACCAAAUUCCUGACCGUCUAAAGGAUGUGCCCACUGCCAAAGACCCCCGUUUCUUCGACAUGGUCGAGUACUUCUUCCAUCGUGGCUGUCAAAUCGCCGAAGACCGUUUGUUAGAUGACAUGAAGGGAAAAUUGUCCAUGGAGGAUAAGAAGAAGAAGGUUAAGGGUAUUUUAAUGCUUAUGCAACCCUGUGACCACAUCAUUGAAAUUGCAUUCCCCUUGAGACGUGACUCCGGUGAUUUUGAACUGAUUACAGGUUAUCGUGCCCAGCACAGUACACAUCGUGUUCCAACCAAAGGCGGUAUCCGUUUUUCGAUGGACGUGUCUCGUGAUGAAGUCAAAGCUUUAUCCGCCUUGAUGACCUUCAAGUGUGCCUGUGUCGAUGUUCCAUUCGGUGGUGCCAAAGCAGGCCUGAAGAUUAAUCCCAAGGAAUACUCCGAACAUGAAUUGGAAAAAAUUACUCGUCGUUUUACUCUUGAGUUGGCCAAGAAAGGUUUCAUUGGACCCGGCGUAGAUGUACCUGCUCCCGAUAUGGGUACUGGUGAGCGUGAAAUGUCUUGGAUUGCUGAUACCUAUGCCAAGACUAUCGGUCACCUGGAUAUCAAUGCUCACGCUUGUGUAACUGGCAAACCUAUCAACCAAGGUGGUAUUCAUGGUCGUGUUUCUGCCACCGGCCGAGGUGUUUUCCAUGGUUUGGAAAACUUCAUAAAUGAAGCCAACUACAUGAGCAUGAUUGGCACCACUCCCGGCUGGGGUGGCAAAACUUUCAUCGUUCAAGGUUUUGGUAAUGUUGGUCUUCACUCUACCCGCUAUUUGACCCGCGCUGGUGCAACAUGUAUUGGUGUUAUCGAACAUGACGGCUGCAUUUUCAAUCCAGAGGGUAUUGAUCCUAAGGCUUUGGAAGAUUACAAGAACGAACACGGAACCAUUGUUGGUUAUCCUCAUGCCAAACCGUACGAAGGUGAGAAUCUGAUGUUCGAGCCUUGCGAUAUAUUUAUCCCUGCGGCUGUUGAAAAAGUUAUUAACAGUGAGAAUGCCCACAAAAUCCAAGCCAAAAUUAUCGCUGAAGCUGCCAACGGACCUACCACACCUGCUGCUGAUAAAAUCUUGAUUGAUCGUAACAUUUUGGUUAUCCCCGAUUUGUACAUCAACGCUGGUGGUGUGACAGUUUCAUUCUUCGAAUGGUUGAAAAAUUUGAACCACGUUUCUUAUGGUCGUCUCACUUUCAAAUAUGAACGUGAAUCCAACUACCACUUGUUGGCCUCAGUACAACAAUCUAUUGAAAGAUUUAUUUUGGACGAAUCUGUCCAAGAAUCUUUGGAGCGUCGUUUUGGCCGUGUUGGUGGUCGCAUUCCAGUGACUCCUUCCGAAUCUUUCCAGAAGCGCAUCUCUGGUGCUUCAGAAAAGGAUAUAGUUCACUCCGGUUUGGAUUAUACCAUGGAACGCUCUGCUCGUGCAAUCAUGAAGACCGCAAUGAAAUACAAUUUGGGGUUGGACUUGAGAACAGCUGCCUAUGUGAAUUCAAUUGAAAAAAUCUUCACCACUUACCGCGAUGCUGGUUUAGCAUUCUAAAAAGCUUUAAUGGCGUGUCAUCUUGUACACAGCGGAUUCUUUUUAUUUAAUUUUAAGCCUAAAGGAAAAUAACUUUUUUAACUUUAAAACUCAAAAUUGAACAAACCACUAUUAAAAUCCAAUGCACUCGAAAAGUAUAAUUGUAAAGUUCUUCGAAGCAAUAUAUAUAUUUUUUUUUUAUCAAAACAAAGUUGAUCAGCGCUGUUUGUCACAAAAUGAUGUCAGAUGUUAAUGGCCCGUCAUUACAUUUGAACUCGUUUUGAUUUCAACAGUUGUUGUGAUUUUAUUUUUUUGUAUUAAACGUAUUAAAUAGUUUUAUUUGUAUUGCUCUUUUAAUUUAUUUAAAUUUGUUAUGUUUCAAAACUAUUCGUCUGGUUUCCUGAUUUCCGUUUCUAUUAAGAACUACAAAAUCAGUCAGUCCAUUAAGCAAAUGCAUUUUAAACAAACAUAUAAAUAAGCAUUAAAGAAUAAUGUGAAGAUAGCUUAAAUUCAAAAUAAAAAUAAACAUAAAAAAGUCAAGUCAAGUCAAGUUAAAACAA